UCUGCAGCGAGAGGCUCAUAGCUCGAAACAGGGAAACACACAGGUACACAAAGCAGAAGCCGCCAUGGAGAAUCACGUCACCCAGAUCUCCAAAGACGACCUGGAGGACCUCAGAGAGGCCUUUAAUAAAAUUGAUAUUGAUAAGAGCGGCUUCGUGAGUGACUUUGAGCUUCAGGAGUUGUUCAGAGAGGCGAGUUUCUCCCUGCCGGGUUACAAGGUGCGAGAGAUCAUGAAGACCUUCAUCAUGGGAGACACCAACAAGGACGAGAAGAUCAGCUUCGAGGAGUUUGUUUCAAUCUAUCAGGAGCUAAAGAGCAAAACAUUGAGCGAGUCGUUCAGGAAAUCCAUCACGAGGAAAGACGGGAUCCGAUCAUUUGGGGGAACGUCAAGGAAAUCCAGUGAGGGAACGCAGCACUCCUACUCGGAUGAGGAGAAGGUGGCUUUCGUCAACUGGAUCAACAAAGCUUUGGCCAAAGAUGCAGACUGUGAACAUCUGCUGCCCAUGAACCCAAACGAUGAAAGUCUCUUCAACUCCGUCCGUGAUGGAAUCGUGCUCUGCAAAAUGAUCAACCUGUCUCAGCCGGACACGAUUGACGAAAGAGUCAUCAACACAAAGAAACUCACCACCUUCAAAAUGACCGAAAACCUGGUCCUGGCUCUGAACUCAGCGUCAGCGAUCGGCUGCAUGGUGGUGAGCAUAGACGCCCAUGAUCUGAUGGCUGGGAAACCCCAUCUGGUGAUGGGGCUGCUCUGGCAGAUUAUCAAAAUUGGUCUGUUUGCUGAAAUAGGAGUCAGCAGGAAUGAAGCUCUAAUCGGACUUCUGAAAGAGGGAGAAAAACUGGACACACUACUGUCUCUGUCCCCCGAGGACCUGCUGCUUCACUGGGUCAACUAUCAUCUACGCAACGCAGAGACGCAAACAAUCAGCAACUUCAGUGAAGACAUCACGGACUCUCGGGCCUACUUCCACCUGUUGGACCAGAUCGCUUCCUGUGGAAAGGAAGACUCCAAGAUGAGGGUCAAAAUCGACAUGAGCGGCCUCUUUGAGCCUGAUUUGGACCAGAGGGCUGAGCUGAUGCUGCAGCAGGCGGCCCGGCUGGACUGCAGACAGUUCGUUUCCGCCCACGACGUCACAUCCGGAAACAGCAAACUCAACUUGGCCUUUGUGGCCAACCUGUACAACACGCAUCCCACUCUGGGGGGAAAUCAGAUUCAUAUCAACGGCAUAGAGACCGCACACAUAGUGGGUGAGUCCAAAGAAGAGAGAACCUUUCGCAACUGGAUGAACUCUCUGGGUGUCUCUCCUUAUGUGAACCAUCUGUACUGUGACCUGUGUGAUGGUUUGGUGAUUCUGCAGCUUUAUGAGCGAGUUAAUGUCCCUGUGAACUGGAAGGGAGUCAACAGACCUCCUUAUCCAAUGCUGGGUGCAAAAAUGAAGAAGCUGGAGAACUGCAACUAUGCCGUUGACCUGGGCCGGACCAUAGCUCGUUUCUCUCUGGUUGGUAUCGGAGGAGAUAACAUAAACGCGGGCAGCCCCAUGCACACCCUGGCACUGGUCUGGCAGCUGAUGAGGAGGUACACAUUGCUGGUGUUGUCAGAUUUGGGCGAUGGAGAAAAGGUUGCAGAUCAAAUCAUCCUCAACUGGGUCAACGACACGCUGGGCGAGAAACGCAAGGACUCACAGAUCAACAGCUUCAGGGACAAACUGAUCAGCACCAGUAUGCCAGUGAUUGACCUGAUUGAUGCCAUCACUCCCGGUACAGUCAAGUGGGACAUGGUGAAGAGAGGAGAUGAGAGAGCGCUGAGGGAUGACGAUAAACUCGACAACGCCAAGUACGCCAUCUCACUGGCCCGUAAGAUCGGAGCUCGUGUUUAUGCGCUGCCUGAUGAUUUGGUGGAGGUGAAUCCCAAGAUGGUGCUGACGCUGUUCGCCUGCCUCAUGGGCCACAGCUUGAAAAAGGCCAACCGCUGAAAAACAAACAAAGAAGAAAGCAGACAUGAACAAACCUGGGAACCAAAUAUAAAUAUGAUUCAUGACAGCAUUUUGUUUCCGGUCGCUAUCUUUGUUUUCUUCAAAUCUUUGUCACGUCCAUGUAAUUUCCUUUUUAU